CAUCUUCUUUGUUUUCUCUUCUGAACGAAACGACGACUUUUUUCCCGACCUCCAAGCUCCGGUGAGAGAUUUCAAGACUCUUCAACUUGACCCGAAUUCUGAGAUUUCACCGUUGGUUCUUCAUCGCCUCUUUCCACCGCUGUUAUUUCUGCAUUUUUUUUUCUCAUUUUCUAUUCCAGGUGGCUGAUUUACUUGACAUUUGAAGACUGCAUUCUUGUUGAUAUUCACUGUCAUGGCAUCUAGACGGAAUAUUCGUUAUAGCUCCCUUGCCUCUGAUGAUAACGAUGUUGAUUCAGAGGGAAGUCGAUUUGAUCCUCGCUUUUACUAUACACCAAAAGCUUUUGACAAGAUCCCGUGGAAAUCCAUUGCUCUUGCUAUCUUCCUGUUACUUCUUGGAUCAUUGCUUCUCUUUCUUUCGUACUUUGUAUUAACCGGUCACAUGGCAGGAGAGAAAUCACAAGCUUAUGGUCUUUUAGCAUUGGGGUUUCUUACCUUCCUCCCAGGCUUUUAUGAGACUAGAAUUGCAUAUUAUGCAUGGAGAGGGGCCAAUGGAUAUCGCUUUGCAUCCAUUCCCGAUUACUAAAGCGUUCCUAUCUCAAUGGUGUAUGCUUGUCCCAUCUCUCUUUCAAUGUCAAACUAUCGUAUAAAAGUCAGAAAAUGGUUUGUACAGAAUCACGUCUCUCGAGUUUGUAACGUAUUUGUCCUUUGUUUCUUCUCAUUCUCAUAGGUUGUGUAGGGUCAGGAAAAUGAUAAAUGGUUUAGCUUUAAUUCUUUAGCUUGACAAGUCUUGUAGUUAAACUCAAAAUCUUUAUGCCUAUGAGAAUACUUGCUAGUGAGAUUAUUCUAUACAACAAA